GUGAAUACGGGAGGUCAGUGCACGUCACGUAGUUAUUACUCGAAGCCGAGGAAUUCGUUCGCCCGUCGUAUCGCGGGGGCUACGUGCAAACAGCGAACCGUCCUGGGACUCUCGUGAGCGGGGCCGAGGACAAUUGGUGCGCGGUUAGGCUCCUCGAUCUGCUUUCGGCGCUGACGGGACGACGACGUCGGGCGCGCGCGCGGAGGAACAGCAGGCGCCGUACGCGACGAGAGCAAGAUCGCGGAAGUGUUUUAGCCGCGCGCGCGACGGAUGAGUGUUUUAACUGGCCGCGACGUGCGACGAGGGAAGUGAAGAGCGCGUACGGGCGAAAACAAUCGGGCGAUUGCGGUGUGUGAACCGACGAUUUCCCGUAAUCAGCCGGUGUUUCGCGGACUCACCGACUCCUACCAUCCUUUACAAAUCCAGCUCUCGUCCUCUCUUGACACGGGCGCCGCCGCCGCCGUCGUUCGACGCCCGCCGCCGACGACGACGACGACACGCGAGGCAGCCGCCGCGAGUCACAGGUUAUGUCAAGCGGAUUGGCAGGUGCUGUCUCAAACCAGCGGAUGAAAGGACAAACCGGCAAUCAAGUGAGUAAUGGUCCCAAGGAACACCAGCAGCAACAGCAGACGGAGCAUGCCGCUGGCGAGGACACCGGCUUCGACUCGUGGCGAGGCGGCAACAGCGCUCAGCACCACUCGAGCUAUCCGAUCGGCACCGGCGAUCCGUACAGUCCGUACUAUGCCGGCAGUACGUUCCCUUAUCAGACCUUUGGCGCCGGCGACGGUACGUGGUCGAACGGCACUGAUCCGGUCGCCUUUCUAUCCGGCUACGGCGGUCAAAUAAGCCACGAUGCGUAUGGCAUGGACGGCAUGUUCUCGGCCUCAGCGGCCGGCGGUGGCUUCAGCGCGUUCGGCCAGCCGCCGUUCAACUACUUCCACGGCAACGGCGACUUUAGCGCGUGGGGCACACCGAGAAGGACCAAGUACGAGGAUUACUAUCAGCCGCCACGCGGGAACGAGAGUUAUGGCAAUCCGGCGGCGAGCGGCGCUGGCGAGAUCAAGACCAUCGAGCAGGGUGUGCAGGGUCUGUCGAUUGGCGGGGGCGGCGGUGGUGGAGGUGGUGGUGGCGAGCUACCGCGGCAAGAUCAGCAGCAUCCGCAGCAAAGUACGGCGCAGCAGAUCAAGCCGGAGCCGAAGGAACCGCGAAAGAUCACUUGGGCGAGCGUGGCGAGCCAGCCGGCGAAACCAGUGCCGCCGCUCUCGUCCACGCAGGGGAUGAAGAAGAAGGCGGGAAUGCCGCCGCCGCCGAUCGUACCCGGCAAGCAUAACAUGGACAUCGGGACGUGGGGCGAGGGCAAGUCUUCCGCACCGCCGCCGCCUACGGCACCGCCGCCGCCGCAAGUGCAACCGCCGAUUCCGCCACCGCCGCCCGUCCAGAGGCAGCAACGGCCGCAGCAACAGCCGCCGCAGCCGUGCUGGAACAGGCAGCCGUCCGUCGGAGCGACGACGCCGACGGCGGUGCAAUCGGUGCCACAGUCCCAAACGCAAAUACACAUGCCGCCGCAAUCGCAGCAGCAUCAGCCGCCACAGCAUCAUCAACCUCAGCAUCAGCAUCAGCAAUCGCAGCAACAGCAGCAUCAACAGCAUCAACAGCAAUCCCAGCAACAGCAGCAGCAGCAGCAGCAGCAGCAGCAGCUUACCCCGAGUAAUCAGUCGCAUCCUGUCCUCGACGAACUUAAGGUGAAGAACGACUACAACCCCGUAGAAUUCGAUCAGACCGCGCCCGGCGCCAGGUUCUUCGUGAUCAAGUCUUACUCGGAGGACGAUAUCCAUCGGUCGAUUAAAUACGAGAUCUGGUGCAGCACGGAGCACGGGAACAAGCGGCUGGAUCAGGCUUACCGCGAGGCGAGUCGCGAGGGUGCGCCCCUCUAUCUAUUCUUCUCCGUCAACGGGUCCGGCCACUUUUGCGGCAUGGCGCAGAUGGUCUCCCCCGUUGACUAUCAGUGCAACAGUAGUGUCUGGUCCCAGGACAAGUGGAAGGGCCAGUUUCGCGUCCGUUGGAUAUACGUGAAGGAUGUUCCUAACGUGCAACUGCGGCACAUCAAGCUCGAGAAUAACGAGAAUAAGCCGGUGACGAACUCGCGGGACGCUCAGGAGGUGCCGCAUGCGAAGGGCGUGACGGUGCUGCGCAUACUGCACACCUACCGUCACUCCACCAGCAUCUUCGACGACUUCGGGCAUUACGAGCGCCGGCAGGCCGAGGAGGAUCAGCGGAAGGCACCGAGCAGCGUCAUCCAGCAUCACCAUUCCUCGUCCAAUCACAGGAACCGUGGACACGCCGUCGACAUGUCCAGGGAUCAUCAUCAGCACGGUCAUCAACCUCAUAUGCAUCAGCGCAAGGAACGCGGUAGUCGCGGUGGCAGGGGAGGUCCGCCGCGCCAGUAGCGCUGGAUAUUGCUGUGACGAUACCUAGCGCUGAGACGCAGAGCCAUUGACGGAAGUGAUCGACGUAAAGGAGGCACGUUGCGACUAAUUAUCACGUCCUACCACUUACCUUUGCUUUCCCGGAUCCACAAUGGGCUCCUCUUGACUCCCCGUGAGCGAGCAACACUCGUCGUCCACCUCGGCCGCGCGUUGUCCUUUCGUUCAAAAUGAUUAAUCCGAUAAUGAGAUAACACUAGCGUCACGUCGGCAUCAUCGUAAAAUAAUAUGUAACCGCAACUAUUAUGAGGAGGAAAAGGAGAAGGAUGAGAAGGAAUGAGGAGGUCGAUACACUAUUUCGAAGGAUAUUUGGCUAAACUCACCGACGGUUAUAAAGCGAUAUAGUGUGGUGUUGCGUGCUAUUCAUCGAAGGUGUUUCUUAAACGUACAAAUCGCAAAACAGAAGAUAGAGAUGAAGAGAGAGAGAGAGAAAAAGAAAAAAAGAAAGAAAGAAAGAGGUUGAGAAGGGAAGAGAGAGAGAGAGAGAGAGGGGAAGAAGCGAGGCGCGGUAUUGAAGAGAGGAAAAAAAGAUAAGGGACUGUAAUAUGUGGACUAAUCCUUGUAAAAUGCUUAAACUUUUGUUGAAAAUGGAAAAAAAAUCUAUACGAGAACACUAUAUUGUAAGCAAGUGUCAUUUGGAUCGGUUAUAUCGUUUUAAACACCAAUGAACAUUUAAUCUGGUGCCUGCAGCUAUACAGAAGGGUCGAAUCCCCCCUUAAUUGUUAAUAAGGUGCAGGGGCUUGUUACAUACAACGUUCUCAGUUGUAUUUAUAACCCAUCAUGCUUCACGAAAUGAAUUAUAAAAAAAAAAAUUAUAUUGGCGUUUAUUUUAGCGCGUAAUCUAUAUCUGUAUUGCGAAAAAAAAAAUAUAUCACCUAUUAUUAUUAUAUUAUUCAUGGACUUGCAGAGAGAGAGAGAAAUGAAUUGAGAGUAAUAUAGCGAGAAGUGAAAAAUAAUACUGCAAUUAAUCUACUGUAAUGUACACGAUGACGACGAUUAUUAUUAUUAUUGUACCAUUUGAUGACAUUUCAUGAGAUAUGAUUCUUAUUGUUAAA